AUGACUCUCACCGUCCACCAUUUGCACAUCUCCCAGUCAGAGCGCAUCGCCGGGCUAUGCGAAGAGCUAGGCAUUGAUUAUGAGCUCAAGACAUACAAGCGGGCGCCCCUCCUAGGCCCCGCCCGACUACAAAGCUUUGCAUCCCCAAGAGACCGCGCCCGUCAUCCAAGACGGCGACUUGACGCUGGCCGAGAGCGGCGCAUGCACCGAGGCCAGUUAUUCCUGCCCCCGAGGCAUCCAGCAUAUGCUGACUUUCUGUACUGGUGGCAUUGGUCCAACGGUACCUUUAUGCCCACCAUGAUGAAGUCUAUGUCGCUGCGGUCGCUCAAGUUGAGUGGUGACAGUUCCCACAUGAUUAUGACCAAUAGCCGUUUCAAGAGGGCGUUUACGGCGCUUAAUGACAGACUACACAACAAUGAGUGGCUUGCUGGGAGUUUACGGUGGCAGAUAUCAUGGUUGUGUUCGUGCUCACUACCUUACGGUAUUGGUUUCCCUACGGUCUGGAUGAGUACGAGAAUGUGGCCAAGUAUCUUCAGCGUGUUGGGGGGCAGAGAGGCAUAUCAGAAGGCGAUGAGAAAGUGUGAGCCAGACCUGGAACCAGCGUUGGGGGUUGAUCUACUGAAGAAGGAGGAAUAA